CCACGACAGGCAUAGCAUACUGGCUUACAGCUAUAUAACAGUCAGAGACUCGCUGGAACUGGCCCGAUAUCGACGUCUGACCGAUCUACUAAAUCGUCCCCGAGACAAGGCUUGCUGGCAUAGGGUGACAGCCCACACAUAAUUAGGAAAGUGUCAGCAGAAUGGACUCGAUGAUGUUGGCAGAAUCUCAACCUGGGCAGGCCCCAGACCUCUCCUGGGUCAACGUCGCUCUGGCCCUCUCGUUCGUCUCGAUCGAUGCGAUCCUAUCCGUCAUCUUCAACCUUGGAAUCGCAUCAUCCCUGAUCGUCGCGGCCGGACGAUGCGUCUUACAGCUCAGCGUCAUGGGCUUGGUGCUGGACAAGGUCUUUGCCGCCGGAAACAUUUGGGGAGUCUUUGGGAUCGCCGCAUUGCUCAACGUGCUAGGCGCGAUAGAGGCCACGUUCAACAAGUCGAAGAAGCGGUUUCAUAACAUGUUCCCUAUGGUCCUCCUGGCUAUGAUGUCGUCGACCUUUCCGAUCGGGGUCUUGGGUUCGCAGUAUGCGAUGGCAGAAAGACCGUUUUGGAAGCCGAACCAGUUCGUUCCGAUUAUCGGAAUGAUCCUCGGUAAUGCGAUUUCGGCUAUCGGUAUCAGCGUCAAUUUUGUCCACAAAGAAUUCACCGAGAACCGGGACAAGAUCGAGACCUACCUCGCUAUGGGCGCAUCUCGUUUCGAAGCUUGCAAACCGAUAGGGAAAGAGGCUCUCAAGCUGGCCCUUUUGCCGACCAUCAACCAGAUGAGUGUUAUCGGCUUGAUCUCAAUCCCAGGUAUGAUGACGGGAGCUCUGAUCGCCGGCAAAAGCGUAGAACAGGCUGCCAGGCUUCAGAUGAUUUUGAUCUUCAUGAUCUCGGCUUCAUCGGCAUUCUCUUGCCUUUUGACCAUCUUCUUCGCCUUGAGCACUUUGACGGACAAGAAGCACCGGAUCAGGUUGGACCGCCUGAAUACGGAAAAGCCGCUCUUCUACCGAUGGCGGGAUGCAGCCGGAGCAGCUAUCUGGAAAGGUAUCAGAAAGGUAGGAGGUAAAAUCGGCAGGGUUCUCAGAGUUACCAAGAGGAAGGAACCGACUCAGAAUGGUUCGCCAUCGGAGAGGACGCGAUUGCUACCUAAUGAACAAGGACGGUAAAUU